AUCCCUCCUCUGGACACUCUCCAACACCUUUGGAUCCUCCUGAUCUUGUGGUGCCCCAAGUGUCCCCAGCACUGGAGGUGAGGCUGUCCCAGUGCAGAGCAGAGCGGGACAAUCCCUCCCUGGGCCCUGGUGGCCCUUUGGGCUGCCAGGACUCACUGGUGACUCAGAUCCAACUCGCCACCAACCAGGACCCCCAGGUCCCUUGCCAGGGCGCUGCUCUCCAGCCUCUCAUUCCUAGUCUGUCCCUGCAUCCAGGGCUGCCCCAUUCCAGGGCAGGAUCUGACACUUGCCCUUGUUAAACCUCACAUGGUUGGGGAUUUCCCAAUCCUCGCAUUUGUCAGGGUCUGUCUGUGGGCCCUCUCUGUCCUUGAGAAUGUCAGCAGUUCCUCCCAAGCGAGUGUUCUCAGCAAACCCGGUCCUGCACCCAACUUGUCCCCACCAUCCGCACUGCUCUCCCUGCUGGGCAGCCUGUAAUGCCCUCUCUAUUUUUAGCCCAGUUUUGCUGAGAAGUAGCUUAUGGGUUACUUCUUAGGAAGGCUUAUGCAUGCAUGAAAUCUGAAUCUGCAGGUCUCUCCUGGGGGCAUGGGGUCCAUCCCCACCAGGUUUUUAUGAACCUUGCUGAUACCUUCCUUUGCUCCUCACAGUGACACGCAGCAGUGGCACGAGGUGAUGGAGAUAUAAGAGAACAGUACCUCACAAAAAAGGAGAAGCAUCUCUUAUGCAACAUAAAAAUACACUAAGAAUAUAAACCCUUAAUAGAAAACACAGCCAGAUCUUGAGAAGGGGCUUGGAGGUGUCUCCUGCCUUUCACAGGUCAGCUUGGAAUGUCACAAGUUCAUCCUGGGUGUGAGAUCCUGUGGGUGCUGGCACAGGAAUGUGCAAGAGCUCAGUGAUGCCCUUGGGCUUUGAUUUAAAAAACUUAUGGAAACCCCUCUCACCUUGGAGAUUUUGCCCAUCAGGUGCAUCUUGUGCAGUCUGGGGAGCAGACAGUGACCACUCUGUUCUGUGCUGCAGCCUCAUGUCUGGGCUGGCCACCAUGGACUCCAAGGCCUGUGGGAAGAUGGGGGUGAUCACCAUCACCUACUACCUUUGGACAACCUUCAUGGCAGUGACUGUGGGGAUCAUCCUCGUGGUCAGCAUCCAUCCUGGUGCAGCUGCCCAAAAGGACAACUACUCUGUGGGGAAAGUGGUGCUCAGCUCCGCCGAUGCAUUACUGGAUUUAAUCAGAAACAUGUUUCCUUCUAAUCUGGUUGAAGCUUCAUUCCAGCAGUAUCGAACUGUUCUUGUCCCAGUGGUGAAGUCACCUGGUUUUCCAAAGAUCCCAGGAAAACCUGUCAAUUUUAUUUACUUUGCACCUGAUGACAAAAACCCUGAAAUCCAUCGGCCUGUGUUCCUUGAGCUGACACCAUCACCUGAGAUGACCUACAGGACCCUGGCUGGGACCAGCAAUGAGAUGAAUGUCCUGGGGAUUGUCAUCUUCUCAGCAACCAUAGGACUUCUCCUAGGAAAGAUGGGUGAACGAGGAGCCCCGCUGGUUAACGUGUGCCAGUGUCUGAACGAAGCAGUUAUGAAAAUUGUCUCAAUGGCUGUUUGGUACUUCCCCUUUGGCAUUGUAUUUCUCAUAGCUGGAAAGAUCUUGGAGAUGGAAGAUCCGUCAGUUAUAGGACAGAAACUGGGACUAUAUGUCAUUACAGUGGUGUCAGGGCUUGCCUUCCAUGGAAUCAUCCUCUUACCUCUGCUUUUUGUCCUCAUCACCAAGAAAAACCCCUUUGCUUUCAUUCAGGGGAUACUGCAAGCCUUGCUGAUCGCCUUAGCUACGUCCUCCAGCUCAGCCACCCUGCCCAUCACCCUCAAGUGUCUCCUGGAGAACAAUGGCAUCGACAGACGUGUGGCACGAUUCGUGCUCCCUGUCGGGGCCACCAUCAACAUGGACGGCACAGCGCUCUACGAGGCAGUCGCUGCCAUCUUUAUUGCCCAGGUCAAUGAGUAUGAACUGGAUUUGGGACAAAUUAUAACUAUAAGCAUCACAGCCUCGGCAGCCAGCAUUGGGGCCGCUGGGAUCCCGCAGUCUGGGCUCGUCACCAUGGUCAUUGUCCUCACCUCUGUGGGGCUGCCCACCGAGGACAUCACCCUCAUCAUUGCCGUCGACUGGGCUCUGGACCGACUACGAACCAUGACCAAUGUCCUUGGUGAUGCGCUGGCUGCUGGCAUCAUAGCACAUGUCUGCGAGAAGGACUUUGCCCCAAAGCCCCCCCCAGAAGACCGAGUGAGCAACACAGACAAGUUUCCUUCUGCAGAGACCUCACACCCGCAUCCCAAAGACAAUGGGAUUGAAGUGAUUGAAGAAACCCUUUUGGAUCAGACACAAGUUCACUACAACAUCUGCCAGGUGUAGAUAACAGCAUUCCUGCUCCCAGGAAUGGCAUCUUGGUGCUAAACACUGACAUAGUGAGUGUCGCAUAUGGAUGCUCUGCAAGUUAAAAGGCCUUACUUGGCACAACAAGUGGGAAAAUCCUCUCUUAUCCUUUGAAGACCAUAGGACUCCCAGCAGGCACCCAAAGAGCGUGGCUCUGCUGCUGGGGCAGGGAGCCAGCUCCUCCCUGCGCCUGAGGACACAGCUGGGAGCUCGCUGCCCUGUCUUAAAUGGCUGGGUUUGAAGGAUUGUUAACUCCCAUUUUUCCAAGCUCACCUAUUUUUGAAAGCUAGGGAGGUGAGCAGGUGUUAGCAGACUGGAAUUGGUGAGAAUGCAGCAGGGGUGAGACAUAUCACUGAACCCUCUGGCCAGCAGCUCUUCCCUGGAGGCCAGGCUGUGCUCCAGAAGCUUUUGUUUUCCUUAUAGAGAUUAUUUUUUCAAUCGUUGCUUUUUAUUUUACUACUGGGUUCUCAUCUAAAAACUAAGAUUAUGUGAAUUUCUGUCUAGAGCUCAAAAUUCAAGUUGGACAUAAUGAGAUUUCCCAGCUGUCAGGUUACAGACAGGACGGCUGAGCUGUUGCACUCUCGUGGGGACAGUGGGAUCCACUGGCUGGAAGGAAGGAAGGACAAACUGUACACCUGUUUCUAUAGCUGUCUUAUUACAGAGAACUAAUUAACGAGGCCCAGUUGCAACUGUGUUGAUUUUCCCAGUAAAGGAUCUGUCUCCAAGCUCAAAUUCCAACUACAGCCUUAAAAUCCAGGCUUCCGAGGGUAGCCUUCUACACAAAAGCCUUUUAUACCAACAAUUCAUGUCAGUGAAUUAAUCUGUAUUUCAAAAUGUCAUCUCAUCCCUUUUCUCUUGAUCUUCCCUGUCACAGAAUUGGGAAUCGUAACACAGCUCAGACCCCCACUCACAUCACUGAACUGUUCUCCAACUGCACAUAAAGAAAACAUUUUAUGUGCAGAAUUCUUUCAAGCUGAAGUCAGAGGUUGUAAAAAAAAUUUAAUUUAGAAGAAAUAUUCAUUCCAGUUUUGCCAAAUGAAAAGCAGAAACUAUUAAAUAUCAUAAACCAGCUUUAGCACAAAAAUUGUCUUCUAUUAACUUCAAGCAAAAGCCUUCACAUAAUUAGAAUCCUGGGCAAUGUAAGCUUGAGAUGCUGCUGCUAACUUUGGCCUUUUUCACCCUUUCUCCUUGGUGAGGUUAAUUAUUACCUUCUUAAACAUUACAGCCCAAUUGCUCUUCAAGGAGCACUUACAUCAUUUGCAAACCCAAAAUAAUCACAUUUCAAAUCAAUCUCUGCAGCUUCCUCAGACAUCCCUCCCUCCUUCCCAUAUCAUGUAUGAUCACCUUGAUACAUCACACACUGGUUCAGCAUCACUGGCUCUGAAGGGUUUUGUGGUUGUACCUCUAUACCAGGAGUGAGCUCAGGCACCCAAAACCCCCUGGGAGACACUGGGGAGGCUCCAGGCAGCCCCAGCUCUGGCCAAGGAUCUGAGUAUCCCAUCUGUCUGCAAGUUACCCACAUCCUGCAGACACAGCUGGACAGACACCUCCAAUGCACCUGCACCAGCAGACUAAUUAAAACAGGCAAGAUUUUUGAGACCUUUCUGGUCAGUCACUGGUGCAUGGGAGCACCUCCAUCCCUCACUGGAUGCCCCAGGUGAGUCCAGGCUGACCAGCACAGACACCAGCACAGGCAGCAGAGACAAGCCCCACUUUCACAUUUGUUCUCUUCUGAUCAAUGAGCUCUGGAUAUUACAGCACACCAUUAACCCUGCAACAAAAGGCAGGAUGGAAUGCCCAUGGCAAAAGGUCCUUGAGUGCUGGGGUUGCAGGAUGAGCCUCUGGGCAGUCACUCUCAUCACUGGGCUCUGGCUGCUGCAGACCAGACCCAUGCCCUGGAAACUGCAAGUCAUACUAAAACAAUUUAAACAGCACAUCCUCAAGCUCACUGCAGCAAAGAAAAAAAAUAUUAUUGAAAACACAGAAUAUUAUAUCUCAGUAAUAAAUCUAGAGCUGGUGAAGCCAAUCGCACCCUGGACAACUUGCCCCUGUGCUUUAUCAGAAUGGAUGGAUUUCCAGUUGGAAAGGAACUCAAAGCUCAUCUCCCAUGGCAGGGACACCUUCCAUUAGACCAGGUUGCUCCAAGCCCUGUUCAACCUGGCCUUCAAAGUGUUGGUAACACCUCUUACUAUCUGGUGAGAUUCACAUUAGCAGAGAUGUUUUGAUUUUGGAAAUCAGCAGGAAGUAUUUUGAUGCUAGUAAGGUAAAGGUAAAGUGUCAUGCUGGAGUCCACAUAGCCUUGUCCUUGUGACAAAUACAGCAAGGGAGAGCUUUGAGUCCAGCAACCUCAAAAUUGGGUUGUCAUCACUGUGACCCUCGAACAGGAUAAAACAAGGGGAAAAAAUAAUUCAAGUGCUUCUGAAAAUCUCUUUGUGGUCUGGUAUAGAGGGAAGGGUUAUUGAAGGGGAAAGCCCAAAGGCAGCAAGGACAAUCCAUCUUCAGCACUGCACACAGGCAAAGGAGAGGCACCUGAACACCUUCAACAGGGUGGAAAUUGUGGAAAAGUAAAUGAAGGAGAUUUACGGGAUGGCCCAGGUAGUGAGGUGCCCACUGUCGCAGACCAUGCCAGCCCCACCUGCGUUUUCAGUAACCUGCUGCUGGGGAAACACUGACAGCAAUGUUUAUCUGCUGCUCAGGGGGGAACAGCAGCCUCCCUGUGCCAGCUCUGAGAGCUGGUGGCACUCAUGGAACCCCAGAAUGUCAGCAGGGCUUUUGUAGAGAGCAACACAAACUCAUCAGGGGUGAGGAACAAGAGACUUCUAGAAAACGAGAAAGUAGCAGAGUCUGGACAAAGUCAUUGGGCAUCACUUGGGAGGAGUUUUAUUCUGUACCAGCUGUAUUCAGGAGACCAGGAUGGGAGAGAGGUGAAGUUCCACGUGACAAACUGAAACCCAUCUAUUCAGCCUCAAAAAAGAUUAAAAAAAGGGACCCGGGGAACUGCUCAGGCUCCCCAGGGAAUGGUCCCGGCCCCAAGGCUGCCAGAGCUCCAGGAGCAUUUGGACAGCACUCUCAGGGAUGAGCAUCUCAUUUCAUCUCAGGGUGAAACUGUUGGGGUAUCUGUGUAGGGCCAGGGGCUGAGUGAUGAUCCCUUUGGACUCAGUAUAUUCUGUGGUUCCAUAAUUAAAUUCUACUGACAGAUACACUGCACCUUCAAAGUAUUUUAAACUAUUUUCCCAGGCACCUGUAAGAAAAAGAGGUGCCUCUCUCUGUUCUAGCACUGAAAAUCUAACUCUAUGUUAUUUCCAUGCAAUUGGAGAAGUACAGGCAGUGCAAGGCACAUAUCCUACAGCACAGAAAUCUGGUGUACAGAAAGCACACAUGCUCAAAUGCUGUAUUUCUUCCUUCAAAAUCCUUGUUUUCCUUACAAACAAAAAUCUCAGCUGCUCUGGUAAUACAGGUGAUCCCUGGGUUAUGGCUGCUGCACUUACUAUUGCAAUAAAGUUGGAGAGCAACUGGGUGAAGAAAUUUGGUGGUUAUACAAGUGUUAUUUUACUGAAAAAACCCUCAAGGAAAUCUACUUUGGUGAACUAAAAUCCAUGUGAAAGGUAUUUAUGGGGUCUGUGGUUAUUAAGCAAAAGGAAAAGUUGAAGCAGCCCUUGGCUCUUUGGGGCACCUCCCAGACAUGGGCAGAAAACCCACCUGCUGGCCACAUGAGCCUUGACUGGGGAAUGACAUUUCCACAAUGGUAUUUGAGAAUUUGAGGAUGUGACUGACCAUAAAUGAAUUUUCAUUGAACUGAAUGACUUGAGCAUACACUUUACUCAGAAGACACUGGCUUGUUCCUACAAGUUGACUUGAUCCUCCAGAUUGGUUCUUUUCUGUGCAUCCGUUCUUCCAGAGCACCAGUUAUUUUUACAUACCUGAAUUUAUAAAACAUUGAGUUUUAAUCAGGGACUUUCUCUUUUAUAUCAUUUUCACAUCUUUUUAGGACAUAUAAAUGGAGUUGGAAGGGAACUGUCAGCAGAGCACUGCUGCCAUUGUUCCUUUGGAUCACAAUGUGCCUCAGUUUGUGUUUUACUAAAACUGAAAAAAGUAACAAAAUAACUCAAUGCUGUAGCAUGUGGCAAAAUACAAUCCAAACAACAGAUGUGAAAACCAGCCCAAAAUUCACUUUUAAUUUAAAAUACUACCAACUUCAAAAUUAGUCUGCAAGUUUUUUAGAAUGAUUUUGAAAAUUCCCUUCCAGUAAAUGUUUUUAAAGAUAAUUCUUUAAAUCUAUUACAACCCCAGGUUUCUCUAUAAAACCAGGUUUUCAAAGCAGCUCUGAACAACAGAUAUAGCUCAAAUAAGCAAAUAAGUUGGGUUUUAUUUGACAAUCACAGCAUGUAACCUCUACUAAAUGCUCCUCUAAGGAGUGAAUGCCUCCAUGGGGAUGUAUUUUCUGCCUUUCCAAUUCACUGUACACAUUAGUUUCCUUGAGGAAUUCCUAAUCUUGUCUGAUGUGAUAAUAAACUUUCUAGAAAAUCUGAAUGAAUUAUUUCAGUCCUUCCUGCAGGCAGGUGCAGCUCAGCCCAUCACCCAUGGAUUACACACAACACAGCCCAGGGUCAGGACAGGUCCUGCCCAGAACGCAAUGCUACGAGAGCACAGCAAGGCACAUCAGUGCUUGUGCUAUGGGACCACUUGCAAACUGAUCCACAGUUAACAGUUCAGAUCUAGCUCAUAAAUUGUCAUUCAGUGUUCACAUGCAGCGAAUCUCAUCCCAACCCUUGCCACAGGGCAGGGGGACCACUAUCCCAGGGUACUCCAAGCCCCCUCCAGCCUGGCCUGGAACACUUCCAAGGAUCCAGGGGCAGCCACACCUUCUCUGGGCACCCUG